AUGAGCAACGCGGCGUGCGAUGAACUUACAGGCAACGCGGCGUGCGAUGAACUUACAGGCAACGCGGCGUGCGAUGAACUUACAGGCAACGCGGCGUGCGAUGAACUUACAGGCAACGCGGCGUGCGAUGAACUUACAGGCAACGCGGCGUGCGAUGAACUUACAGGCAACGCGGCGUGCGAUGAACUUACAGGCAACGCGGCGUGCGAUGAACUUACAGGCAACGCGGCGUGCGAUGAACUUACAGGCAACGCGGCGUGCGAUGAACUUACAGGCAACGCGGCGUGCGAUGAACUUACAGGCAACGCGGCGUGCGAUGAACUUACAGGCAACGCGGCGUGCGAUGAACUUACAGGCAACGCGGCGUGCGAUGAACUUACAGGCAACGCGGCGUGCGAUGAACUUACAGGCAACGCGGCGUGCGAUGAACUUACAGGCAACGCGGCGUGCGAUGAACUUACAGGCAACGCGGCGUGCGAUGAACUUACAGGCAACGCGGCGUGCGAUGAACUUACAGGCAACGCGGCGUGCGAUGAACUUACAGGCAACGCGGCGUGCGAUGAACUUACAGGCAACGCGGCGUGCGAUGAACUUACAGGCAACGCGGCGUGCGAUGAACUUACAGGCAACGCGGCGUGCGAUGAACUUACAGGCAACGCGGCGUGCGAUGAACUUACAGGCAACGCGGCGUGCGAUGAACUUACAGGCAACGCGGCGUGCGAUGAACUUACAGGCAACGCGGCGUGCGAUGAACUUACAGGCAACGCGGCGUGCGAUGAACUUACAGGCAACGCGGCGUGCGAUGAACUUACAGGCAACGCGGCGUGCGAUGAACUUACAGGCAACGCGGCGUGCGAUGAACUUACAGGCAACGCGGCGUGCGAUGAACUUACAGGCAACGCGGCGUGCGAUGAACUUACAGGCAACGCGGCGUGCGAUGAACUUACAGGCAACGCGGCGUGCGAUGAACUUACAGGCAACGCGGCGUGCGAUGAACAUACAGGCAACGCGGCGUGCGAUGAACAUACAGGCAACGCGGCGUGCGAUGAACAUACAGGCAACGCGGCGUGCGAUGAACUUACAGGCAACGCGGCGUGCGAUGAACUUACAGGCAACGCGGCGUGCGAUGAACUUACAGGCAACGCGGCGUGCGAUGAACUUACAGGCAACGCGGCGUGCGAUGAACUUACAGGCAACGCGGCGUGCGAAGAACUUACAGGCAACGCGGCGUGCGAUGAACUUACAGGCAACGCGGCGGCGUGCGAUGAACUUACAGGCAACGCGGCGUGCGAUGAACUUACAGGCAACGCGGCGUGCGAUGAACUUACAGGCAACGCGGCGUGCGAUGAACUUACAGGCAACGCGGCGUGCGAUGAACUUACAGGCAACGCGGCGUGCGAUGAACUUACAGGCAACGCGGCGUGCGAUGAACUUACAGGCAACGCGGCGUGCGAUGAACUUACAGGCAACGCGGCGUGCGAUGAACUUACAGGCAACGCGGCGUGCGAUGAACUUACAGGCAACGCGGCGUGCGAUGAACUUACAGGCAACGCGGCGUGCGAUGAACUUACAGGCAACGCGGCGUGCGAUGAACUUACAGGCAACGCGGCGUGCGAUGAACUUACAGGCAACGCGGCGUGCGAUGAACUUACAGGCAACGCGGCGUGCGAUGAACUUACAGGCAACGCGGCGUGCGAUGAACUUACAGGCAACGCGGCGUGCGAUGAACUUACAGGCAACGCGGCGUGCGAUGAACUUACAGGCAACGCGGCGUGCGAUGAACUUACAGGCAACGCGGCGUGCGAUGAACUUACAGGCAACGCGGCGUGCGAUGAACUUACAGGCAACGCGGCGUGCGAUGAACUUACAGGCAACGCGGCGUGCGAUGAACUUACAGGCAACGCGGCGUGCGAUGAACUUACAGGCAACGCGGCGUGCGAUGAACUUACAGGCAACGCGGCGUGCGAUGAACUUACAGGCAACGCGGCGUGCGAUGAACUUACAGGCAACGCGGCGUGCGAUGAACUUACAGGCAACGCGGCGUGCGAUGAACUUACAGGCAACGCGGCGUGCGAUGAACUUACAGGCAACGCGGCGUGCGAUGAACUUACAGGCAACGCGGCGUGCGAUGAACUUACAGGCAACGCGGCGUGCGAUGAACUUACAGGCAACGCGGCGUGCGAUGAACUUACAGGCAACGCGGCGUGCGAUGAACUUACAGGCAACGCGGCGUGCGAUGAACUUACAGGCAACGCGGCGUGCGAUGAACUUACAGGCAACGCGGCGUGCGAUGAACUUACAGGCAACGCGGCGUGCGAUGAACUUACAGGCAACGCGGCGUGCGAUGAACUUACAGGCAACGCGGCGUGCGAUGAAAUUACAGGCAACGCGGCGUGCGAUGAACUUACAGGCAACGCGGCGUGCGAUGAACUUACAGGCAACGCGGCGUGCGAUGAACUUACAGGCAACGCGGCGUGCGAUGAACUUACAGGCAACGCGGCGUGCGAUGAACUUACAGGCAACGCGGCGUGCGAUGAACUUACAGGCAACGCGGCGUGCGAUGAACUUACAGGCAACGCGGCGUGCGAUGAACUUACAGGCAACGCGGCGUGCGAUGAACUUACAGCAACGCGGCGUGCAGGCAACGCGGCGUGCGAUGAACUUACAGGCAACGCGGCGUGCGAUGAACUUACAGGCAACGCGGCGUGCGAUGAACUUACAGGCAACGCGGCGUGCGAUGACCUUACAGGCAACGCGGCGUGCGAUGAACUUACAGGCAACGCGGCGUGCGAUGAACUUACAGGCAACGCGGCGUGCGAUGAACUUACAGGCAACGCGGCGUGCGAUGAACUUACAGGCAACGCGGCGUGCGAUGAACUUACAGGCAACGCGGCGUGCGAUGAACUUACAGGCAACGCGGCGUGCGAUGAACUUACAGGCAACGCGGCGUGCGAUGAACUUACAGGCAACGCGGCGUGCGAUGAACUUACAGUCAACGCGGCGUGCGAUGAACUUACAGGCAACGCGGCGUGCGAUGAACUUACAGGCAACGCGGCGUGCGAUGAACUUACAGGCAACGCGGCGUGCGAUGAACUUACAGGCAACGCGGCGUGCGAUGAACUUACGGGCAACGCGGCGUGCGAUGAACUUACAGGCAACGCGGCGUGCGAUGAACUUACAGGCAACGCGGCGUGCGAUGAACUUACAGGCAACGCGGCGUGCGAUGAACUUACAGGCAACGCGGCGUGCGAUGAACUUACAGGCAACGCGGCGUGCGAUGAACUUACAGGCAACGCGGCGUGCGAUGAACUUACAGGCAACGCGGCAACGCGGCGUGCGAUGAACUUACAGGCAACGCGGCAACGCGGCGUGCGAUGA